CGUUUCGGCUACUCCAGUCUGUUUCUUAAAAUCACUACGAUUUAUCUUACUUAAUAAGUGGCAACAGUAGCGUGUUUCUUCGGAAACCUUGUUUGUGCAGUCUGAAUCGUAAAUUUAUUUAUUUAUAGUUAUUUUUUCAUUUGUAAAGAUAGGACAUAAGGCUUCUAGAAUGUCAUCUUCGCCGGUAGUUAUACCUGCCGCUACGAAGCAUACUGCAUCUGUAAUAUUCUUACAUGGUUUAGGAGAUACUGGGCAUGGAUGGGCUGCUUCAUUGCAAAUGCAAAGACUUCCUCAUGUUAAAUAUAUAUGCCCCACAGCUCCUACAAUGCCUGUCACUUUAAAUUCUGGCUGUAGAAUGCCAUCGUGGUUUGAUUUGAAAACCUUAGAUGCUGAGGGUCCUGAAGAUGAGGAAGGCAUUAAACGAGCUUCAGAAGCAGUAUUUCAGAUGAUAGCAGAUGAAGAAGAAAAAGGCAUACCAUCUGACAGAAUUGUUCUUGGAGGUUUCUCUCAAGGAGGAGCGUUAGCUUUAUAUUCAGCAUUACGUUGUGCUAAACCUUUAGCAGGAGUUGUAGCAUUAAGUUGCUGGUUACCUUUAUAUAAACAAUUUCCUUAUGCGGCUGUAGGUAAUAGAGAGAUCUCCCUUUUACAAUGCCAUGGCGAACUGGAUAUAGUUGUUCCAUUCAAAUGGGGUAGGAUGACUCAUGAACUUCUAAAAACGUUUAUGCUCAAUGUGGAGUUUAAAACUUAUAAAGGUUUAUGUCACAGUUCCUGCGAGGAGGAAAUGGAAGAUGUUAAAGCUUUCUUGGGAAGAGUUUUGCCAUGAUUCUCUUUAGAGAAAUAUAGGUCAUUUCUCAUCUCAUUCAGAAAUCAUUUUUCAAUAGCCUAUCAAUUUCUCUUUAUUGUCAGGUCUUUUCACGAUGAUAUAAAAUUUAUGUUUAUUCUCUAGCUGGUCAAAUAAUAAUUCAGAGUUUAAUUACAUUAAUUAUAGAAACAUAUACCGCUUUGUUGAAUUAAAGCAGUUAUGUUUUUCUGUGUAAAAAUAUGGUAUAUUUUAUGCGAGUACUAUUGAGAUAUAAAUAUUGUAAUGUAGCUCCUGUAUGAAUGAAAAUAUAUUUUAUAUCCCUCACCCACAUAUAUAUAUAUAAUAUUUUUGAGAAAAAUUAGAUUAAAAUUUUUAUUGUGUUUUUUCUUAAAGAUUUGCAUUUAACUCUAUCCUUUCACAUUACAAUCAAGCUGCAUAUAUUUGAUAUUUAUUUUGAAAUAAUUUAUAGAUUUAUAAACAGAGCUUCUUAGGUACCCUGUAUUAAUUUCUGCUAAUAUAUUUUUAUUUAAAGCACUGGCAAGUACCCAAGUUUUAAUAUGUAGCGAUUUUUACUGGCCAUUAUUGUGUUUAUAAUUAUAAAAAAAAUUAUUUAUUUUGAGAAGAGUGAAUAACUUACAUUGAAUUGUAAAACAUUCUUUUUAACUUAUCUAACAGUUUUUAUUUGUUAUUUACGAACGACUAGGCAUUUUUAAGUGUUGUAAUUAAAUCCUGCUUUUAAUAUCCCUUUUGAUAUACUUUUUUCACAUAUUAAUUGAAAAACUAAUUUUCAAUGAGCAAAAACAAAAAAAAUCUUAAACUGUUUUGUGUGCCUAAUAUUAAUGCUGCGUCAUCAUAGAGAUAUUUGAACUUUCUCUGUUAGUUCUAAAAAUAAUGCAUUUUUUAACAUAUUUCUUUAGUAUUUCAAGCGAAAUUUUUUUGAGAAUGUGUUAGUAUUGUUUAUUAUUUAGGCUGUGUGAGAUUAAUGUGAAAGUUGAGAUUUUUGCUGUUAAAGUUAUUCUGCAUCAUUUUUAUUUUCAGAAUUGUAGAUUUAUGUAUUUCUGCAGUUUUGUUAUUUCAUAAUUUAUUGCAAUUACUGAAAGGAGUGAAUUAAGUUUAUAACAUAUAAAGAUAAAUGGGAAGAACUGUUUUUGAUGCUUGGAUCACCAACUGUUGCAUUUUCAGGAUUACUAAAUUUUGACAAAUUAAUAACAUCAGUUCUGCUAUGGAAAGACUGUUCCUUUCGCUUAUGUUUUUUGUAGGCAUGAACUUUAUCCCUUGAUCUUUAAAUAUUAAUAUUUAAGUUAAAAUGAAAUGAAGAUAGAUUCUACUAGAUCUUCUUUAUUACUUAAAUCUAGUAUAUCCUUCAAGCAGAGUUUUUUAUUCACAGUUAUGUAGAUGUUAUUAAUUCUUUUGAAUGAUAUUUAAAUAAAAAAGACUGAAAUAUUUUACUUUAUGAUGAACCAGAAUCCUCUUACUUUUCUUUGUAAUUUUUUUUUUUUUUUGUGCGAACAUUGAACUAAAGUGUUUUAUCUGUAACAGUUUCUCUUUUAAAACAAUCAAGUGAUAUUCUUGAUCGGGGGAAGAAAAAAAACCGCUAAUUUUAAUGGAAAAUCACCAGCUUAUAUAUUUUUAAAUCAUUUAGGUGUAAUAAAUUUAAAUGAACUAAAAGAGCAAAAUUUUUAUUGAUAUUUAUCCUCAGAGCACAUCGCCCAGCCAUGUCCAAUCCCUGUUUUUCAGAACUAUUUUUUAAUGGCCAUGUAAUUUUGAUUUAGGUCAAAAGACAUGGACAGUGCCUGAGCUGGUAGUCAGCAUACAGGAUUAAUUUGCUCAGUUUUCUGGUAUAAUACAUUGGUUUAUUCAAGAAUUUUAAGUAUGUGUGUUAUGUAAAUCUAUAUACAACUUGUUACAAAUUUAUUAACUUUUAAGAGUGCAAUUUUUUAAAAUUAAACUGCAAUAUUUUAUCAAAGAAUUUUUUUUCUUCUUUAGUGCGACAUAGUUUUAUUUAAUACUUUUAAAAUACAGUUGCAAGCAAUGUUAAAAAAUGAAAAUAGUAUUAGUAUAAUUUUUAUAAAAACCUUUCAGUGUCACAUUAGUACUACUUCAUCAGUAAAUAGUAGAGAUUACAUCAAGAAAUAAAUAUACAGGUAAAAAUAUUAAUUCAGGAGUGCUUUGUGAUAAUUUAACAGUAGAACAAACUUUUGAUUAUUUAAUAUGUCCUGUGUAUUAGUUCACAAUAAGAAUUUUUGUACAUUUAUUGUAAAAAUCUACUGGGAAAAGGGAUUACAAAGCUGGAGGGGCUCCCCAGUUUUUUAAAUUCCCCAUUUGUCGAAUGCUUCAACAAUUGGGGAAUUUAUAAAUACAAAAAUUUUUGUCAGUGUGGACUUUUGUACAUAGGGCACACAAAUAUAGUCCCAAGGAACAUCAAAGCUACAUCUAGAACUCCACCGUUUAUCAUAGCAAAACAAUUUUAAAAGGGCCAUAAGUUCUAUUUUUCCUCACCUCAUAUUAUUUAUAAAUGUAUUUUAUGAAUUUACCUUGAUUUCAAGGUUAGUUUCUAUACCAUUGAAACCUAAAACUGUUUUCUGAAUGAUCUUGUUAUAAAAUAUUUGGAAGUCAUUAAUAUGAUUCUUUAACUCUUACUGUUCAUUUAAUUUUACUUUUAACUGUAUAUUUAGUGUGAUGUAACAUAUGUUGAAUUAUAUCAUCCUUGCAGCUUUAUCUUACUGAUGAAGUAGUACCAAAGCAUGUAUAGGUUUUAAUAAAAAUUAUACUAUUCGUUUUUUUUUAAUGAAAUUUAAUUUUAUUAUUAAGGAUUACUUUCAUUUUAUACAAGUAAUCCAGUUGGAUAAAAUGAGAUUAUGUGUAAGCUUAUAUAUUAUUAUAGUGACACUAAUCAAACAAUGCUAUCAGUCAUUAAAGAUGUUUGUCUUAUAUUUGUAAAAAAUAAAGGUGUUGGCUGUCACAUUAGCUAUUACUUGGAUUAUUGUCACUGCUUUAAAUUUGAUUUGAUAACAUGUAAAUUAUUAUUUUGCUUCAAUAAAACUUUUUGUGAAAA